GAGGAGGAGGAGGAGGAGGAGGAGGAAGAAGAGGAGGAGGAAGGAGAGGAAGAGGAGGAGGAGGAGGAGCAGUCCUGGGGGGUCCCUUGGAGCGACGAGGAAGGGGAGGAGCCCCCCGGGGGGUGGCUGCCCCCCCCCGCCGAGAUCCGCCGCCUCUAUGACGUCAUCGCUGACGUCGGCAGCCUCCCCCUCCGCGGGCCCCUCCUCCCCCGCCGCCCCCCCACCCCCCAGCCGCAGAGCGACGACGAGGAGGGAGGGACCCCCGGGCAGCCUCCCAGCGAGGAGGAGGAGGAGGAGAAGCCUCCCCCUCCCACCGAGUUCGACUUCCAGGACGACCCUGCCCCCCCCCAGGGCUCUCUGCUCCAGCGCCGCCGAGCCCCUGGUCCCCAGGCCCGGGGCCAGAAGCGAGAGGCCAGGCUGGAGAAGGUCCUGUGGGACAUGAAGAGGCAUCAGAGGCUGGAGGAGCAGCUGCUGCGCACCGGCAGGGACCUCUUCCGCCUGCAGGGGGAGCCCCAGAGCCCGCCCAAGCCGGGCCUGGCCCAGGGCAGGCUCUGA